ACUGGACUUGAACUGGGUCUUGGGCUGGAAGAAGAUACACAACAUGAAAAAACAAAAGCAGAGCCAAGUACAACUUUUGCUCCAGAGCUGGAUUUUCUGGUGGAUUUUGCAGGCAAAAAGAGGCUAUGGGUUAUAACAGCCUCCUCCCAUAACGACAACUAUCUGCGCAUGAUGGAAAAACAGCUGGAAGACAUGGACCAGGUAGGGUUGAACUGCCAUCUUGCAGAGAGAGACACCUACAUUAUAACCAUCAUCCAAAAUGCCAUGAUGGAGGGCAGGAUAGUGAAGACCACCAUAGAGGGUCAAGCAUCAGUGGAAAGCCUGGACCCAGACACAGUGAGCAAACUACUCCAUUACCUGGAGCUCACUGGACAUGAUGAGUUCAUUAUGCUGGUGAUUAAAAAGAACCUAAGAACCAGUGAGCGCUUCCCUUAUCCAGUCCGAGUUGAAGCCAUUUUUGAAAUGAUAGACCAAUUUCCAAAGAGAAAGCUGGAGAAGAUGACCAGGCAAGGACCCAACAUGAGGUGUAAACUUACCAAGAAGAAAGUUGUGAGGAAAAGGAAAAGGAUAAAGACAAAAAUGGUGUUGAGCUCCCAGAGACGUGGAAAUGUAACUUCAGUGGCUGCACCUAAGAGAAAAAUGGUUCUAGACAAAAAGGAAGCCCUAAAGAGCAAGAUCCAGGAUAUUUUAAAUGGGUACUACAGAUUUGUUAUCCGAAAAGGGUCUUCUCCAGGAUCUACACAAAAGCUGAACCCAGAACAGAGAAAAAGGACUGAAACUCAAAAAGAGACAGACAGACAUCCUUUAGUAACAUCAAGCAACCAGGAGGAAAGGAUCGAUAAGGCAGUAACAAAAACACAUAAAGAAGACAAGAACAUUCAGCAUGAACCAAAUGCAAAGGGUGACAGUAAUGACAAAGCAAGUCCAAAGAAGAAGGGCAAAGGGAAGAAAGGGAAAAAGAAAGGGAGAGGGAGAAAGUCAAGCAGAGAAGUGAGUGAGAAAGACAAAGCCGCACUUAGAGCCUUUAUGGACUCUUUAAGGGGGACAAGACGACUUAUGCUUAUUUCAACUCCAAGCCAAGAUGCCAAACUGUACAUGCAACUGAAAGAGGAGAAUGAGAGGCAACAGUGUGAGCUUGCUAUCAGAAAGUUCACUGUGGCAACAAUAGUGGGACAAGGAAGUGACGCAUUGCUUACCCUUCAGCAUUACCACCCUGUACCUGUUUCAGAGUCCAGUGCGCCGCUGAGUGGUCCCUCAGAGCAGAUCUCAGACACAGGUCUCAUCUCUCUGCUUCGCUCUGAACUUGGCCUCUCAUCUCCUGAUCUCUUCUCAAUGACCAUCACAGACUAUGACAUUAAGCCCACUAGAGUUUUUGAGGCUCCACCAUCGACUCUUGCUUUGUUUGAGUUUAUUGAUAACUUCUCAUCAAGACGGCCAGAGAAAGAAAUUGAGAGAAAAACUGUGCCAGCUUGCUCCAGAAACCAUCAGCAACCAGAAACAGAGAAUUCACUUCUAAGGUUCAUGUCAAAGAGGAGGCUGCUGCUCAUUUCGGCUCCCUCUGAAGAGGACUACUCUUACCAGCAGCAGCUCUCAGCUCUAAGCGGACAACAGUGUGCACUCGGCAUCAGACACUUUGCGAUGUUAAAGUUGACAGGAGCAGGCCAAAAAGCCACAGGGACUGUUGAGCUCUUUCCAUUAAAUGGUCGCAGUCAGAGUGAAAUGGAACCUUUGUCCAAAGACACCGUGAACAACCUGAGGGAGCAGCUGAAGAUCAGUAAGGAUUACUUCAGCAUGCUUGUGGUAGGGAAGGAUGGCGACGUGAAGGCCUGGUUUACCUCUCCCAUGUGGUCCCUGGACAGUGUGUAUGACCUGGUGGACUCCAUGGAGCAGCGUGUGCAGGAGGAGAGACUGCAAAGGAGACUUGGGAUCCAAUGUAGUGACAUCAAAGAUCAGCAGGGAGGCGAGGAAGGGCAUUAUGGAUAUGAUGCCGAGGGAACAGAUGACAGGUACUUGUAUCAGGGACCAGAGGAAUAACCUAGUUUUAUAGAAAAGGACAGGUGAAAAUUAAAUAGCAACAACAACAAUAAUAAAAAUGCUGUGAAACACUUAAAAUAUGGUCAGUGCAAUCAAAUGUAUUUCAGAUUUUGCUAAUAAAAUUCAAAUUGAAAAAAAAAAAAAUGUUAAUAUGUAAAUGUAAAAUCA